AUGAUUGUAAUUUUCACUUUUCCGACAAAAAAAAGGUAGGGUCUCGAUUGUAAAAAAAAAGUCUCUCUCUCUCUCUCGAUCUCCGAUCGUUUCUCUCCGGUCCGAAAGAUGACCGAAGAGAAGGUAAAAGAUGAAGCGAUGCAAAUAAUAGGAAUGUUUCAAAUUCUCCCGAGACUUGUCGUCUUUGAUCUCGAUUAUACUCUCUGGCCUUUUUACUGCGAAUGCCGCUCAAAACGCGAAAUGCCGUCUUUGUAUCCACAAGCAAAGGGUAUAUUGAGUGCUCUGAAAGAGAAAGGAAUUGAAAUGGCGAUUGCUUCGAGAUCUCCAACUUCAGAUAUAGCUAACACAUUCAUUGACAAAUUGAACAUUAAGUCCAUGUUUGUCGCCAAGGAAAUAUUCUCAAGUUGGACUCACAAGACAGAACAUUUUCAGAAGAUACACACAAGGACAACAGUGCCUUUUACUGCGAUGCUCUUCUUCGAUGAUGAAGACAGGAACAUUAAAUCAGUUUCAAAAAUGGGAGUGACAAGCAUCUUGGUGGGUAAUGGGGUUACACUUGGAGCAUUAAGACAAGGGCUUACUGAAUUUUCUCAAAAUCAUAACACUAUCGAGAAGAAUAAACAUGUUUGGCGCAACAAGUAUUCUGGAAAGGCUGCAUCAUCUGAGACCGACAAAGACUGACUUUGCUCCAUAGUUCUGAUCGAUUGGACACACCAUUGUUGUGUAUUGUUUUAAUGGACGAUUAUUUAUAUGGAUUCGUGAAGAUUUGUAUUGAACUGCAGUGUACCAUACUGGUUGAUACGCCGUCUAGGCCGCAAGGUGAGAAUAUCGGCUUUUCACUUGAAAAAAAAAUGGUUUCCACUUGAAAAAGAA